AGCACGGAAAAGAGGAGGCAGAGACAGAAUCUAGAAAAUGAGCUACAAAUACCCAUGUCCUUCCUUCACUUCUUCGCAAGCACAGAAAAUCUUUGAUUUUUUCUCCCCAUUAUUUUAUUCGGUAGAUGCGUUGUUGUGAUAUAUAUCUAUCACUCUAUCAGAUUGCCAUUUUGGAGAGGAGAGAAAGAAAAGAAUGGGGGAGAGAGAGAAGAAUAGAGCGAAUCAAGAUGCCCCAUAGGGCGAAAGAGAAAGUUGUACUAUACUCCCAUAAAAGAUAAAAGAAGAUGUUGACAAUUUUCAAGUCAUUGUUCUUCUCAAAGGCUUGAUUUUGUGUAGAGAGAGAGAGAAGAGAGAAAUGUUUAUCUAGGUUCUGUUACUGUGCCUGCUUUUGGUUGAUCAGAGAGUGGCCCAACAGAUGGGGAUUUGUUUCUGGGUUGUUUUCUUGUGCAGAUCAUCUUUUUUAAGGUUGUGUUCUUCAAUGGCCGCCAAGGUACAAAGAUUGCAGCUUUCUGGUUUUGGGUCUCGGAGGUCUUGUCUUUCUUGUUGAGGUUGUUGUUGGGCUCAGAAAAUAUUGCACUUUUGAGAGGGUAUAGCACAACUGCAGAAGAACUGGGUGGCUAGGAAUGGGAACUAAGAUACAAUGUAAGACGUAUUUGCCAGCGUUUUACUCUGUAAAGGAUCUGAAUGGCCACGUUAAUAAUAGGGUGUCUUUACUAAAUCAUGAAGAACAAACGCUAAGAAGUGUUCAGCAUUUCGACUUUUUCGCAUCAUGCGUGCCUGUGCCUGUGGAUGGAUACUUUGAAUACGACAAGGAGAAAGUGAGGCAGACGAUUUUGAAGCAUGAAUCGAUAUUCAGGCACCAGCUUCAAGAACUGCAUCGCCUUCACAGGAGGCAGAUGGAACUUAUGAGUGAGUUGAAAACGAGAGAACUGCAAAGGAAUUCGAUGAAAGCUGAGACCUUUCGUUUCGGGCACUUGUUGUCUCACGCUCCUCCUCCCAGUUACAGUCGGUCUCCGUUUGAAUUCAUAAAAGGCGAAAACCGGGCUAGUCAUUUCUCCUCCCGAGACAAAGAAAUUCCACGGGCUGGUGAUGAAGACAGAUAUCUCGAGUUCUCAAAGAGGACCAAUCGUCUUGCUGACUUGAAUGAACCCAUAUUGCUCGAGGAAGCUCCAAUCUUGGCCUCAAACGCCAAUCCUCACAGAAUCAAUUCUCUUGCUGAUAGCAAUGAGAGUAUGGAUAAGUUGUCCCAGAAUCACAUCAUAAGAAGGAAAGGACAGGAGCAUUUGGUUAUCGACAUAAAUGCUGAUGUUCACUCUGACAGUUCACAUACGCCUUUUCCAUCUAAUAACACCAAGGCAGAACCCCCGAAGAAAAGGACGAUUUUUGGUGUAGUAAUAUCCGAAGGAAAUGAAGAACGAUCUAUGGCUGUUUCCAGUGGAAGUUGUCAAACGAAGCAAGAAAGUUCCAAGGGAGCAUUGCCAUGGUUCAUGGUGAAAUCGCAGCAUGUUCUUGACGAGAGCAAAGAGGGCGAGAAUUGUUAUCACAUGAAUCUUGAUUUAUCGAAAAAUCGUUCUCAGCAAAUUUUCGGGAAAUCAGAAAUAGAUGAGGGUUUUUCUCGAAUUUUGAAUAGGAAACAAGAAGCCAAGCCAUCAACAUCCAUCAAAGAUUCUGGGCACAGUGAUAUUGAAGUCGUUAAGAAGAUUUUUGGGGUUCCGAUUUUUAAGUCCUCUAAAGAUGAUGUAAAUUCUGCAGAUUCCCUCUCCCGGGAUGUUCAUGGAGCUAAGGAUAAUACUAUUGAGAAGAGACUGGACAACAACAUUUCCGGUUUUUGUCAUCAGAUUGAUCUUAACCUGUCGUUGGAUGAAGAAGAGGUGUCACCCCCGCCUUCUCUCCCUCGAGAAGUUGUGGAAAUUGCAAUAGCAGAAGAAUCCCGGGAGGAUAUUAAAUCAGGAUUUGAGGAAUUUAAGGAACCUCGUGGAGAAGUUGCGAGACGAGCUGCUGAGGCUAUAGUUUCCAUCUCACAGACUGGCGAUAAUAUGAACUCGGAAUCUGCAACUACUGCUUGCCUCGAAUGGUUUGCGGAAUUGAUUACUUCCGAAGUGAAUGGCGAUGAGUGUGGGAUAAUGGAAGCUUCCCCGGGGAAAGAUUCCAUCCCCGAUGGUAUGGAUUACUUCGAGUUUGCAACGCUCAAGUUGAGAGACAUGAAGGAAGAAGGGCAGUGUUACGAGCCAUCUAUUUUUGAAAUUCACGACGAAGAAGAAAUAGGGGGGGAUACAACACAAUCGAAACGCCCCCGAAGAGGGCAGGCGAGAAGGGGUAGGCAGAGGAAAGACUUCCAACGGGAUGUCCUGCCGGGAAUCAUGUCCCUUUCUAAGCACGAGCUAAGCGAGGAUAUCCUGACAUUCGAGGAGCUGUUGAGAACCUCGGGUUGCUCUUGGCAGUCGUGUUUGCCACAGAAGAAGGCCACCGCCAAGAGUUGUAGGGGAAGGAGGCGGCGUGGAGGCGGCUCAACUCCCUCCCCCAUUAUAACCGCCACCACUCCACCAAACCAACCUCUCGGCAACAAAGUCGAGGUCGAGAAGGCCACCAGCCUAACGGGAUGGGGAAAGAGGACACGACGCCUGCCAAGGCAGCGGUGUCCAACUACACAUCAUGUUCCUCUGAUGCAAUGCUAACAUGGUUCCUAAAUUUCCUCAAAACAUGUACUAGGAACAAGAGGCUGCAUAACAUUCUUGAAAGUAAUAAGGUUGCAACAAACACUGUCAACUUACACCACCAGAAAAGGAUGGCCUUUGUAUCAGACCUCCCAUUAUUUAUUCAGAUCCGAUCUUGAUCAGACUGGGUUUGUGGCGGCUUAUAGAGCUAUAAUGUCCAUGUAUUUCUUAUAUCAUCUUUGUCUUAUAUUUGAGCUUAUUAACAUUAUUUGAACUAAUUUAUAAUUAAUCCCAUUAUCCUUGCAG